AUGUUUUUGACUAGACGUUCGGCAAUUGCAGCCAGACGGUUGACUUCAAAUAUCAAGCUAUGUGCAUGGAAUUCGACUCAGAGUAAUAAUACUACCCAUUUUGGAUCUAAAACUGUUCCAGUUGAAGAGAAAGAGAAAUUGGUCGGGGAUGUUUUCAGUUCGGUAGCUUCGAAAUACGAUUUGAUGAAUGAUGUGAUGUCGCUUGGUAUCCAUAGAUGCUGGAAGGAUCACUUUAUUCAUAAGCUAGAUGCAGGCAAACGUCCCAACUCUACUGAACCUCUAAACUUUAUAGAUGUGGCUGGUGGCUCCGGUGAUAUUGCCUUUGGUCUUCUUGAUUACGCUGAAGAGAAAUUCCACGACACAGAGUCCACCAUGGAUGUCGUUGAUAUCAACCCUGAUAUGUUGAAAGAGGGAGAGAAGCGUGCUAUGGAAAACAAAAAAUACUAUAACGAUCCAAGGGUUAAUUUCAUGGUACAAAAUGGUGAAGUCUUGGAUAAGAUUCCUUCAGACUCAAAGGACGUGUACACCAUUUCCUUCGGUAUUAGAAAUUUCACAAACAUCCAAGCGGGUUUAAAUGCCGCUUAUAGAGUUUUAAAGCCAGGUGGUAUUUUCUACUGUUUAGAAUUCUCAAAGAUUGAAAAUCCAGUAAUGGACCUGGCUUACCAACAAUGGGCAAAGUUGCUGCCUGUUAUGGGAUCCAUAGUUGCAAAUGAUUAUAACUCAUAUGAGUACCUGGUGGAGUCUAUCGAAAGAUUCCCUGAUCAAGAGACUUUCAAAUCAAUGAUAGAGAAGGCUGGAUUCAAAUCCGUUGGAUAUGAAAGUUUGACUUUUGGGGUAUGUGCUAUUCAUUGGGGUGUUAAGGUCUAA